ACCACUUUACUUGUAUCCUGUGCGUUGUGUUCGACGUAAACUUAACUUAGUUUCAACGAUGGUUGCGUUAGUAGAUGACCUAGAACACGCUACUAUUUACCUAAGGGGUCCUCACGAUAGUGAGGAAAGCGACGGAGAAGGUGGUUUAGGUAAUCUCAACCGACUGACCGUCCGUCCGCCGGGACACAGCGGGAAGGCAAAACGUGGUCAGCUGUGCUUCGACGCGGCCUUUGAAUGUGGCAAUCUUGGUCGAGCUGAUCACAUCACCGAGUUGGAGUACGAUCUGUUCAUUCGGCCGGACACCAGCAGACCACGCUCGCGGUUUUGGUUUAAUUUUACAGUGGAAAAUGUGAGACAGGAUCAGCGAGUCAUAUUCAAUAUAGUUAAUUUUGGAAAAGAAUUUACCCUGUAUAAUGGAGACAUGACACCCCUUGUUAGAUCUACCUCAAGACAAAAAUGGCAGCGUAUACCCAGGAGACUGUUGUUCUAUCAUAGAUCCCUAGUACACAGAGGGCGAAAGAUACUAAGUAUAGCAUUCGGUUUUGAUCGUGAAGAAGACGUGUACCAAUUUUCUGCUGCGUUACCAUACUCCUAUUCACGAUUGCAGAAAUAUUUGAGCAUGUGGGAGAAGAAAUCGGAAGGAUUUGCGACCAGGGAAUCCAUAGCACAAACCACACAAAAGCGUCGGAUAGAUCUCAUAACAAUCGGAGAUUUGGUUCCUAAGUGUACAGAACUGCGAGAGGAGAAUCUUAAUGUGAGGGGCAGAAGUGGAAACGAAAACAAGAGAGUAGUACUGAUAUUAGCUCGAGCGCACGGGGGUCAAUCUCCUUCCUCAUUUAUCUGCCAAGGUUUUAUGCAAGCUAAGAAUUAUCAAUAA